AUGUCAGGUCUCGGCGGUGACUUUGCCGUGCGCUUUGCGCGAGAGACAUGGGCUCUUUACGCUGUUGGUGUCUUGGGCGCUGUUCUUCGAUAUACCGCUCGUGUUAGGCGAUUAGGUAUUCGCAACCUCCAAGCCGAUGACUACCUCAUGUUAAAUGCUGUGCUUUGGUAUACUAUUCUUUGUGUCGCCUUAAACCAAGUGGCGUCGGGUGGAGGAUCGAACUUGAUGACACAAGAAGAGAUUGAUACUCUCACACCCAAGAUCCACGCCGAACGAGAAAAUGGCAGCAAAUGGGUGUUCGUAUCGGAGCAUGCUUUCAUCCUCUGUGUCUGGAGUUUGAAGGCGUGUAUGUUGGUGAUUUAUGCUCGUAUCACUGAGGGAUUGAAGCAGCGCAAAUGGAUCAACUGGAUCGCCGCCUAUGUUGUUAUUGGAUUUGUUGGUACAGAACUCUCUCUGUUCUUGAUCUGUCGCCCAUUGUCGGCCUACUGGGCGGUUCCCACCUCAAAUUACCAAUGUUCCUCAUAUCAAUAUUACGAAAUUGUUCAAGGAUGCCUUUCUAUCUCCGCCGAUAUCUUCAUGUUGAUAGUGGCCAUCCCGAUGAUGGUCCAGGUCCGCGUCCCACUCAAGCAGAAGAUGAUCCUUGUUAUUCUAUUCGGCAUGGGUAUUUUCGUCAUCGUCGCCGCCAUCUUGAACAAGAUCUACUGUCUCGUCCCCUCACUUAUUUCCUAUGUCUACAUGAACUGGUACUUCCGUGAAGCCACGGUGGCGAUCCUGGUUACGAACUUGCCACUCGUUUGGUCGCUCCUCCGAGACGUCUUCCCCGCCCUGAAAAGCUGGACUGGAGGAUCGAAGAGAGGUACUGAUCGGUACAAGUCGCAACCGUGGACCAACAGCAAAAAUUCUCGACCCUACGGUCCUCAGAGCCAGCUCCGCUCUGGAGACUUUAAUAUGCAAGAUUUCCACACGGCAUCGGUCACCCCGACGAAGACUGGCCCCGCCGUUUCCGACGUCAGCUUGCAAGCCAGCGACGAUCGAGAUAUGAGCAGUGAUGACGGCUCAGCUCGCGCUUUGCGGAUCCGUCAAGAUAUUACUGUCACAGUGGAACAUGAUUCGAGGCCACCUGCUUACGAGUCAAACAACGCCAACGUUGCCCGCGGCCAUGAGUCUGUUUAA